AUGGCGAUGCGAAGAAGUGUUGUGCUUAGUGUUGGGCGUCUCGCCUUGCAAGUACUGCUGCUUGCGGAGGUGGCAUGGCAGGGUUCGGCGUUUCGGCCGUUCGGUGGCAGCGUGAGGCCGCAAUCAAUGACACGAUGGGAGCUGGCACUCAUACCAACCUUUCGGCACGGGAGAAUACAACGGCAUGGCGGCCGCAGCCAAGGAACACGCAGGCGACAGCAGGGCUGCGGGGCAACGAGUCGUCGAAACGGAAUCGAUGCACCACCGUCAUCAUCAUCAUCAUUGCCGGGGCAGGAGCCUGUAAAUAGUGGCGUGAAAAUGGACGACAAGGCGGAAGUGUCACGGGCUUCAGUAGACGUGUCCGUUGCGGGCGUUGAUGUGGCAAGGACCGGAGACAAGGGCAAGCGAAAACGGAAGCGAGAGGAUCCUUCGAAUGAGCCUUUGCUUGAGGGAUACGCGUCCCGACAUUCUGAGCCGGAGUCCCCUUGCCUUGCCGGCGUCCGAGAAGCCACCAACAAGGGGCAGCCGGGGGGCGCGCACAUGGUAUCUGGCCAUCUGCAGGGGGAACUGCUCAAGCUAUUGACCACGCUAAGCGGGGCGAAGCGUGUGCUGGACAUCGGCACUUUCACGGGCUACUCUGCAUUAGCUUUCGCUGAGGCGUUGCCAGACGACGGGGUGGUCGUUACGCUGGAGUCCGACGCGAGAGCGGCGGAGACCGCGAGAGGUCACUUCGCUUCCAGCCGAGACGGUAACAAGAUCCGGCUCUUGCUUGGGCAGGCGAUGGACACCAUCGAUCAGUUGAUCGACGAUGAAGAAACCCCGCAGUUUGAUAUUAUCUUCAUCGACGCGGACAAAAAAAGGUACUGGGACUACUUUGAGAAGGUGCUCUCCGGGCCACGGCCCUUGUUAGCCCCUACGGGAUUGCUGUUAGCCGACAACGUCCUCUUCCACGAGCUGGUGCCAUUCGCCGAGGCCAUGGGGACAGCCACGACAAGGGAGGGCGAAGAAAUUUCGCCGCCGUCGAUGGGGGGGGAGGGAGCAAGGGCAAUCGGAGCGGGCGUGCUCGCGCCCACACCUAGGAGGAUGAAGAUCGCAGAGUCUUUGGACCGGUUCAACAAGCGCGUCAAGGAGGACGGUCGGGUGGAGGUCCUGAUGCUGCCGUUGAGGGAUGGCUUGUCCGUCGUCAGGUGGCGGGCCAGGGGAUUUCCCGCACGUUAACGGGGACUUCAAUUUUUCUUCUUUCGUACAUAGUAGAUGGCUGUCUGGGAGAGCGUCGACGUCUAUAUCUUGUGGCGGCCAAAUCCCGUCCCGUGGUAGGUACUUGUGUGGGUGCUACCAUUGAGCUAUGGGUUGGUUGCUGGGACGCUAAGGAGCAGAUGUACCGCUGGCUGCGAUCCCUGAACCCCUCUUGCUGAUUAGAAAUAGCAACACGUUCUGGUAUGAUACAGCAUAACUUUACUCGCGGCAUGUGGUUGGAGCGCACGAAUGUCAUGUCAUAGCGUAAAUGGGUGUCCCGUAAGGCUGACUCCCCAUGUGUGCAUCUCAAGAGUUGGGCACGGCCUCGUCAGCCAUUCCUGAAGAGUCAUCGCGUCAACAACCAGCCAGUGUGUUGUGUACGGUAGUCUCGUCCCUCGGUGUCAUGUGAGCAGAAGGUAUGCAU